UGAAGCUGUCUUUACAGUACCACACAGACGUGCCUGUUAGUGUUGGGUGUUGCUGGACAAUUACAGAAAUAUGGGAAAACCACUUCUUUUCUUCCUGCUCUUAUUCCUCUUUGUAGAUGGUAUACUACAAGAAAAAGCAGUGAAACGGAGAAGACAAAUCAAGAGGAACAACACAGAAAAGGCAGUACCAAGAACAUUUAAAGGGGAUCUAGUGCUCACUCAGACCAAGUUUAUUUCUGCCCUAAACGGGACACAAGCCCCCUACUCGUCUGUUCCCAGUCCUCAUACGCCUCCAGCGCUGCGGUUACUAAGCAACAGCACAGCAGGGUACCUCAGCGGCCCACUGAGCACACGGGUCAUCCCCGCUAUUUAUAUUCUGGCUGUUGCAGUUGGGAUCCCGGCCAAUGUUGCUAUUUUGUGCGCACUGGCCACGAAAAUCAGGAAGGUGUCCUCUGCCGUCCUCUACUGCAGCCUGGCUCUAUCUGACCUGCUCCUCCUCGUCUCCCUCAUCUUCAAGGCUCACUACCAUCUCCAUGGUAACCACUGGGGGCUUGGAGAGAUUGCCUGUCGAGUGGUCACGGCUUGUUUCUAUGGCAACCUCUACUGUUCAGCCCAGACGCUGGCCUGCAUCAGUGUCAAGCGCUACCUGGCUGUAGUGCACCCAUUUCUGUACAAAAGGCUCCCGAAGAGGAUGUUCUCUGCCUGGACCAGCCUGGUUGUGUGGCUGGUGUUUGGGGCUGCCAUCAUCCCCGAGUUACUGGUCCAGCAGAGCUACCAGAUCCCCCAGCUGGGCAUCACCACCUGCCAUGACGUCUUGCCUCUGGACUACAGCUCACACAUCCCCCUGCUCUACUACAACCUGACCCUGACCAUCCUGGGCCUCCUGCUGCCCCUGGUUGUGACGUCUGUGUGUUACAUCCGAAUCGUCCACGAGCUCAGCCGUUCACACCACGACUGGGCUAUGUACAUCAAGGUCAGCUCGCUGGUGUUUACAAUUUUCCUGCUGUGCUUCACUCCCGCCGGAGUCCUGAACUUCCUUCAUUAUGCACGUCUGUUUGUGGACGGGGAGGAGAGUUUCUACGCGCACUUUAACAUGGCGGUGUGUUUGUGCUGCUUCCAUUCCUGCCUAGACCCCUUCCUCUUCUUCCUCAUGUCGAAGUCUGCGGGCUCCAGACCUUACUUCAUGACUUUCAAGGGCAAGACCCUCAGCAUAUCCACCUGAGACACAUUUACAUGCUAUCAAGGUCUGAGGUUUUCCCCGUGGUUUGAAACCAAAGAGCAGAGACAGGACUGCUACAUGUGGCAAACAAGCAAUGGAUUCUGGGUUGUUUGAACUGAGUUGGAUUUCUCUGCAGAUUGAAUGAAUUCAUUGUGUAUGUGUGUGUGUGUGUGUGUGUGUGUGUGUGUGACAGAGAGGGGUGGGGAGAGAAUGGGAAAAGGAGUACAUUUAACAGGAUUACAGUAGGAUUACAAGAAAAUGGCUGAAAGGGAAAAAAACUGUGAGACAAGAGACAAAGUCAGUUUUACACAUCUCAUAAUGCCGGUUAAUAGUUUUACAGAUGAUUAUGUUCAAAUUACUCCCUGUGUCAUUUUCCAUUUGCAUCCUGUAGCGGACAAAAUGAUCCACAAAAUAACUUCAUAAGAUGACAUUUCUGAAUCUUAUUGUUGACAGCACUGGUACCAAAACCGUCAUGAACCAAAAAAUGUAAUAUACAGUAUUUGCCAAUCAAAUAUAAAUGGACUGCGUCAAAGCUAUUUUGAGUUCUCUGUUUACUUGUUUAUUUGCUUUAUAAUGUAAAGAUUACUGUAGAUUAUUGUGAAAAAGAAAAGAAGAAGAAGCUUGAGGAAUGGCUAUUUGCUACAUUUACAAUCAUCUCAUUAUUAUCAGACUAUUCCUGAUAGUUAAAUAAUUAAAUAAAUAAUAUUAAACAAAGGAAAUUGCCGGGUAAGCUGGCCUCAUCGCACAUUUCCACAAUAUUCAUUAUUGUACAGUUAUAUAAGAUGUUCUUCAUUUCCUAACUGAACAACUAACAUCAUUCUGCUAUUUUUGUGUCUCUGUGUUGGCAUUUCCUGUGACGUCUGUGACAGGAUGAGGCUCCCUCACGAAACUUGUACCACAAACAAAGGAAACCUGUCUUAGAUUGCUUAAGCGAGAAUACACCAUUCAUAUUCACACAAGUGCAGACUUGUUCUUAUCAGUGUUGAAACAAUUGUAAUAA